UCUUUCCAUCCCAGGGGUUGCUACUCCCUCGCGGGUUUCUCCCAUCCAUGCGGCCAGUGAGUGAAUCAAUCAUGUUGGGUCAACCUCGCUCCGCUCCAAGCUCACUCACUCGUCUCUCGCGCUCUGCGAGCAGUCACUCCCGCCGUUCGUUGAACCAGUCCGCGGGAGAACCACCUCUGCUCAGCUCACAUUGCUCUUGCUCCGGCUGCCAGUUGAUCGCCAGCCGCGCCGUCGAUCGGUCAUCGUCUCUCCAGGCAGUUCAGUUGAUAGUUAUAGUAACACCCAAUAUUACCAUCCGCCAGUCGAGCUAUGUUACGUCGAGGGGCACCGGACUACGUAUCAGCCCUGAUCUUCACGGGCCUCUGCCUGGGCUUCUGUCGGGGCUACUUCAGCCUGGAGGUGGGCGAUCCCUGUCCCACAGCGAACUACCGCAGUCGCUGCCAACCGCUGGAGGACUGUGAAACACUGGCAACGCAUCUCCAGGCGGGACGGCUCACAUUGAAGGCGGUGAUGAACUGCGGCUUCACCACGCGCAGCGAGAAGAUCUGCUGUCCCGUCGAGGAUGCCCAGAGCGAGGUGCGGAUGGAACUCACGUCGGCUGCCACCACUACCAGCACAACGUCCACUACCAGCACAACGUCCACUACUACUACUACUACUACUACUAGCAGCACCACCACUAGCACAACUGCAGCACCAGAACCCUGGCUGAGCAUAUUCCAGACGGACCACGAGUACGUGCAGCGAUCCAUUGGGCCCACUCACCGGCCAACGAGGGAGAGCAUCACCUUCAGGGACACCUCCGAUGGCGCCGAGUGCACGGCUCCGCUGUACGAGGGCCAGUGUCGUGCCGUAUCCGCCUGCCCCAGUGUGGAGCCACUCCUGUCGCAGGGUCGCCUCAGGGAUGAGGACUUCACCACGUGCCGCGAGGGAACGCACGAGGAGAUCAUCUGCUGUCCGCUCAACCUGCCGAUUCAGACACGCGUCCGCAGCGGCCUGCGCCUGGGUAUCCAGGAAGAUGAGUCGGAGGAAAGAGCUGCGGAAGAUCCCCUGGAGCUGGCCGCCAUUGCACGGGCGGAUAGCCUACUGCCCCACUACCGCCACCUGGCCGCGCUGGCCCAUCCGAAUGCCGCCUUCGACGGCCAUCUGCAUCACUGUGCCGGCCUGGUCCUGACCCCACAGCUCCUGGUCAGUGCCGCCGGCUGCGAGCGACCAAGUCACGCUGUUUUCGGCGUGGCUGAUCUGCGGGACGUUGACGCCGACGAGGACUAUCUGGCGGACAUAGUGCGUCUGGUGGCGUUUCAAAGAGAUCUGUCGGUCAUACGACUGCAGGAUCCACUGCGUCUGGGCAGUGAGACCUCCGCCAAUGUGAGCGUGGCUCCCAUUUGCACCCAGUUCGAACUGACCAGGCUGCAGCGCAGCGGCAACCUUGUGGCCGUAGGUUGGGGCAAGGGUGAAGACACUGACUGUCCGCUCUACGAGAUGCCCAUGCGACUGCGGCCCACUUGGGCCUGCGGGGAUCUGCUCAACUACGGCGGCGUGCAGGAUCUGGGCAGCUCGCACCUUUGCGUGGAGCCGAUGGGCGGCGCCAGGGAACUGCAGAGGUUCUCCAACAGCAGCACCUGCGCCGCCUGCCCGGCUUCAGUGAGCAGUGUACUCCAUCUGGUGCGCCCGGGUGGAGGUCGUUGCGUCAUUGGGGUUGCCACGCCCACUGGGGCCGAGUGCGAGGCACAAACGAUGUACUUCACGGGCCUGCUGAGUCCACAGUUCAGGCGGUUUGUGGAGCGGGAGCAGAAGUAGUCAGCUAGGCUAAGUUAGAACAAUCUACCAAGUACGCAGAAUAAUGUAUUCGUAGUUAGGUAAAUCAGGUAUAAAUUGGAUGAGAAUGCCGCAGAAGUGAACUUGAUUUCACUGCUUGCACAUGUCACACUGGUCAGUCGAUAAAUGCAGUCAGCAUGGUCACACUGGACCAGAUCUGACUGUACUUUUAUGCCUAAGAAUAUGCCAUCUAACAUCUAUGUGCCUAAAACCUCAUAAUAAUAAAUUAA